AUGACCGUGAAGAUUCUGACGGACGUUUUGUAUUAUGAAUUGUCGAAGGCGUUUUUUGGGGGCGAGGUGGUGAGUUUUGAGUUCGUCGGGCAACAUAACGUGUGGAAUGAGAGGGUUAAGGCGAUGAAGAAGCGGUCAGGGCGGCGAGGGGUGGAUCGAGAGGUGGCGAUUAGUUCCCGGGUUGUUCGGGACGCUCCCGAAAAAAUCAACUGGAAACUAUUUCUGGAUUUGUUUUUUUUGAAAGACCCGUGUCGCGUCAAGGUUAUUUUUCGACAGAAACCGGGGUGUUUUAAUGUGUUUCACGUCUGUCAUUGUCUGUACACGAAGUUGGUGAUGUUUUUGGAGGAAAUUAAGGAUGACCCAGAGGAAAUUGGCGAGGUUUCAGUAGAAAUGCAGUCUGACGAUAGUGACAAGAAAUUAGUUCCUGAGGAAGAGGAAGACGACGAUGUUCCGUCCGACUUCUUCGACGACUUUGCGAACGAGGAUUUCUUAGACGGGUUGGAUAUUCUGGACGACAAGGUAGCUGAAGUUGCGAAAAUCACGAAACCCGAUUAUCACAAAGAGAACGAAUCCAACAACAAGAAAGGCAAGCAACAUAAGGAACGGUCUUCAGUUAAAGAUGGGUGUGACGAUAAUAGAAUAUUGCAGCCUGGGCAUGCGCUCAGGGAACGACUGAGAUUACGAGACGAACGACGCGAACGCGCCAGGUCUCGAAUACGCUUGAAGUCAAAAAGUCGGUUUGAAUCUAGAGAUAGGUCUAAGAUAAGUUCGAAUAGUACAGUCCGGAAGUACAUCACGACCACGAGUCGGAUUGUUAUUAAAACUAGAGUGAGAAGUAGAACACCGUCACCGUGUCGUUCCAAACGGGAAAAGAGAAGUAGAAGUCGAGAGUGUCGUUCCAGAAGACUUCCACACAGGUUUACCACCAGAAAUAGAACUAGAUCUCCUUCACCGUACACUUCGAAACGACGAAAAAGAAGCAGAAGCCCCGAUUAUCGCUCCAGAAGGCGCAGUUUGAGCAGAGGUUCCAACAAAUCGCCUACUAGAAGGGUCCUUCCACAGAACUCAUUGCUGGAAGAAAUCAAGAAAAAAAUCAACGAGGUUAAACCUCGUAUCGCUUUGCCAAGGGUACAACCAGUACCAAUGACUCGUGUUCCUCUGAUUCCUAACCCACCCCCACUUUACAACAAAAAUUUUCUUGUCGCUACUCCAGUUCCCUACCAGCAACGAGUACUAGCACCCAUACCGCUAAUUCCGCUUCCAGAAACUACGCCUUCAGCUGAAACAACCCAACGAGAUACAUCUGCGAAUCAUUCAGUUUUUGCCCAUCUCCAGAAAAAAGCUAAAGUACUUCGGCGCUGUCACGAUUUGACUCAAUUUCUGAACCACAAUCCGCGUCCGACUUGUUUGGCUAAGUCCUUGCCGAAAUUGUCUACGUCGCCGAGGUACCAGUCGCCGGUGAAGACAGCGCUGGAUCUGUCGUUCACGUUUACGUCACCGCCGGAGCAACCUGUCAAGGAUACCUACGCAGAGGCGCUCCACAAGGUUGUGGAACAAGCCGGAAUGGUGAAGGAAGUUGGUGUCAAGAGAGACAAAGUCGUGGAUAAAGUUACCGAAGUCCUGGAAACGCUGAAGAAGGCCUUGUCUGACGCAGUGCAGAAGGAAUGAAUUGUGCCAUAAAACUUAGUCAAUUCAAAUUUUUGAAAAUCUGUAAUUUUCUACGUACUUAGUUCUAUCCAACUAAAGACUUAUUUUGUUUUUUGUAAAUAGUUUGAUUCCUAUAUGAAUGUUAUAUUAUUUUUGUAUGCCGUAUUGUUAAUUCUAUUGAAAAUACAUUAUUAUUUUUA